UCCGUCAUGGGCGAUCUGGUACAAGAAGAGCUUUCGGCUCUCGAGUCUAUUUUCUGUGGGCCGGACGAAUGGGAGAUGAUGAGCUGCUCAGAAACAGGUGGAACUUCAUUCAGAAUUAACACAAAUGGACAAGGAUUUUUGGAUGAAAAUAUACCAUUAAAUCUGUCAUUUCAUUUACCAGCUUCUUACCCAUUUUGUCUGCCAGGAAUCUCAGUUAAUUCUCACCACCUUACCAGAGCUCAGUGUAUAGUUAUAAAAGAGAAGCUACUUGAAGAAGCAGAAAAACUUUUGUCUGAGCCUAUGGUACAUCAGCUGGUUGUAUGGAUUCAGCAAAAUCUCAAGUACAUCAUUGGGCAACCAGAAACUCCUAUUGGCUCUGAAGACUGCUCAUUGUCCACAAGUACAUCUGUGAAUGAUGGAAUGUGGAUAGCCCUUUUGCAUUUAGAUCAUAUGAGAGCAAAGACGAAGUAUGUCAAAACUGUGGAGAAGUGGACUUCAAAUUUAAGACUUACUGGAAGACUGAUGUUUUUGGGCAAAAUUAUACUUAUUCUUCUACAAGGAGACAGAAACAAUAUCAAGGAGUACCUGAUUCUUCAGAAAACCUCCAAAGUAGAUGUGGACUCAAGCGGAAAGAAAUGCAAAGAGAAAAUGAUUAGUAUACUCUUUGAAACAAAAGUACAGAUGGAACACAAAAGGUUCCUGGCAUUUGAAGUCAAAGAGUAUUCAUCGUUGGAUGAGUUACGAAAAGAAUUUGAAGCUGCAGGACUCAAGGAGCUGUUCUCUGAGUUUGUACUUACGCUAGUAAAAUGAAAUAAAAAACACAGGAAUCUUUUAGUAAAAUAGGAGUUGCAUGUAUUGGAUUCUGUGAACAAUUACAUUAAAACACUUUCGGGGAACAACUUUAAUUUUUUGGGAAUAAAAUGUGAAAACAUCUCAACUCAAGGGGGGAAAAAAAUCACAUUUCAUUUAAAAGUUAGAUUUAA